GCGAUUUGACUAUAGUGGUGGGUUUGUGACAAGAUACAGACAUGUGCAUGUAUAUGUAUUUAAUGGUUAGAGAUUAAGUAGCCUGUUUUCUUUUAAAAGUGAUCACCAAAUUUCGAUGGAUCCUAACGACAUUCAAAUUAGAUCGAUUAAUAAGGAAAAGGGCAAAGGUCUCUUUGCUGUUCGAUCAUUCAAAGAUGGGGAUACGAUCUUCGAAGAGAAACCUUUAAUUUGCUGUCAAUUUGCAUGGAAUCAGGAGUAUAAAUACUUAGCUUGUGACAAUUGUUUAAAACCUUUAGAAACUGCUGAGGAAAAUGUGCGUAGAUUAACUGGGAAUUCAACAAUUAUUUUACCUCAUCCAGAAUGCUGUGAAACAAAAAAAGAUUUAAUCACUGAAUGUGCCGAAUGUGACACAAAAUAUUGUAGUGUUGAAUGCCAAAAUGAAGCCUUUUCAAGGUAUCAUAAGAUAAUCUGUUUAAGAUCAAAAGAAAAGGAUGAAUCUCAUCCUUUAGUGCAAUUAACUGAAACAUGGAAGCAAAUGCAUUAUCCACCGGAAACGGCAACGAUAAUGUUGUUAGUUAAAAUAGUAGCUCUUAUUAAUCAAGCUAGUAAUAAAGAGGAUCUACUUUCAAUAUUUUCCCAAUUUUGUCAACGUACAAUCAAUGACACAGACGAUAUUAUACAUAAGUUGUUAGGAGAAGAAUUUGUUUCUCAACUGGACGUACUCAGACAAAUGAUGUUAAAAGCUGUAAAUACAGACUUUACAGAACAAUGGUUCACACCAGAAGGCUUUAAAAGUCUGUGGGCUUUAGUAGGUACAAAUGGUCAAGGAAUUGGAACCAGUGCGUUUAGUCGUUGGGUUAAAAAUGUAUCUGCUUUGGAAUUGCCGAGGGAUGAAAGAAUUCAUGUCGAUAAAUUGAUAGAUCGAAUUUACGAUGAUAUGGACAGAGAGGUGUCCUUCUUCCUAAAUAAUGAAGGUUCUGGUCUUUAUGUUCUCCAAUCUUCGGUAAAUCAUAGUUGCGUACCCAACGCGGUUGUAGAGUUUCCUUAUUCGAACAACGUGUUGGCUUUAAAAGCAACACGCGAUAUUCAACCGGAGGAGGAAAUCUGUAUAAGUUAUCUCGGUGAAUGUUGUCUAGAAAGGAGUAGACAUUCUCGAUGGAAGAUUUUAAGUUCUCAAUAUUUGUUUCAUUGUUAUUGUAAAAAGUGUUUGUCACAAGCCAACGAUCCAGAUGAAACAUCAGAAGAUGAUGACGAUAUGAUGGAAGAUGAUGACAAUUAAAAAUAUGUAUUUUUAUAGUACAUGUGCACAUAAAUAAAUUUUUUAAUGUCUGUAUGCUCCA